AUGGCACUUUCCCAAAGGCAGAGAGGGAAUCACACUUACUUCGCGGGCUUGGACAAGAAUCGCAGAAGGUCAGUUGGGCUCAUGGAAGGCGAAGACAAGUUCGGCUUAGAUCAGCACGAGGUAGCGGAGGGCUACAGUCGUGAACAUCGGCAGGGUUUGUCUGUAGGACAGUCUCACCCAGAAGCCCAAUGGGUGCCCGAGAUCAGGAAUUGA